AUGACUACCCAUAAAGCGCAAGGGCAAACAAUGCGUUCCGCAAUUGUUGAUAUCGAGUCAUGUCACGGGACCGAAGCUCCAUAUGUUAUGCUCUCUCGUGUCAAAACGCUCGAUGGGCUCCUCGUACUUCGGCCAUUCCAACUGAGAAAAAUACAAUGUCACCAAUCUCAAGACAAUAGAAUUGAGCAGCAAAGGCUGCGUUACUUAUCACUUACCACCAUUGUA